AUGACGUCCACAUCUUCUCCAACAACCCAACCCCCCUCCUCCUCAUCUGCAUCCUUCGCCUCGCCCCCGUCCGUCGUCAUCACCGACAAAGACGACCUCCCCACCCUCCUCAUCCAAAUGCAAGAAACCAUUUCCCAAAUCCACACCACCAUCAUCACCCUCCAGCCGCCCUCCCCCGCGCCCGACCACGGCGCCGGCGGAGGCAACCCCUACUCCAUCGCCUCCCCCGAGGAACGCCUGAAAAUCAACGACCUCGUCACCCGUCGGGAAUCCGCCAUUCGCUCUUUGCUUAAUGCUUUCACGGCCGAAACACAAUUCCUCUCGCAGAAGCGGCGGGUGGAGCGCGAGGAGAUGCUGGAGCGGAGAAGGGCGGAGGAUGCGGAGCUGCAGAGACGAAGGAGGGAGGAGGAUGAGCUGUGGGAGGAGAGAUUAAGGCAAGAGGAUGAGGAGAGGGAACGGACGCUGGAGAAGGAGAGGGGGGAGGUGGAGAGGGAGACGGAGGAGUUGAUGGGGGAGAUUGAAAAGGAGUGGGAGAGACGGUGGGAGGAGGAGGUGGGGAGGUUGAGGGGGUUGGAGGGACGAAGGAAGGAACUGAAUCGGUUGAUUGAGGAAAAACUACAAGUCCAUACGGAGACUCCGUUGCCGCUUAACUCGAGAGCUAUUCGAGAGGCGAGGAAGGCGAGUGCCGCCCAGAUGCUUGAACCAGAGCAAACAUCUCAAGCCCAGGAGGAGCCAGUCGAGACACAUGUCAACGAAAGGGGUUACCUCCCCGCCGCAGCCUUCGAAAAUGCUCCUCCCGACUCUGACAGAUAUUACAAACUUCCUGACAGCGAAAGCGAGCAAGAAGAGGAAGAGGAAGAAGAGGAACCACUUGCCCGAGAGGAAACCGGUUCGGGUCUCUCCCAAUUCAAAGACAAGAUGGCAUCAAUGAGUAUGGACGACCUGCUCAAUAGACCCGACGAGCUUAGCGUUGCUGCCCCCGUAGCCGUUGCUGCCUCGAGACCUACCUCUCCCGUUGCCCGGACUCUCUCCGCCGCCGCUGUCGGCAUGGAGGAAGACAUGGAGGAAGACGUUGCUGAUACCGUAUCUGUUGGAGAUUUAGCUGCUGCGGAAGAAACUUCUGAUGAGCCCGUGCCGGGAGACAAAGCGUCUGAUUCCAUUCGAGAACGGAAGGUGGAGAUUGAGACGAAAACCACAGAUACCAAGACAAGUCUGGUGGACGUGGAGUUUCGAGGGCUUCCGUUCUCUGAGUAUACGAUGGACAGGAACCUUCGUUCGGCUGGGUUCGCGGAGGUUGAUGAAGAGGAGGAGGACGUGGAAGAAGGGGAGGAAGGGCAGCACUGUGGGUUGCCGGUUGGGCAUCAUCACCUCGGAUCUAAUGAUACUGCCCCUGUUGUUGUCGAGCGGGCUACUACGGAAGAGUCCCGGGGGAGGCAUGAUAGUUUGGGGAUUAUUCAUCCUCCUGCUGCCCCUGCACAGGACGGGCAUAGGGCCAGAGGGGCAGAGACAGAUAAGGCUGGACGAGGGACAGGCUCGAGCCCGGAGUCGGAAACUUCUGAUUACACGCCUUAUACACAAGCUCCCCUUGGUUUUUCGGUCUCAUCUGCGGACCACCAAGUCGGCCAUGGCAUCGACACUGAUACCAACCCUCCCGAUACCAAAGCCCCUACAGACCAUGCAAAUUUGACCCCUCCCGACACCGGCCUCCCUACACACCCAACCAACCCUCCAGACACCGCCCCUGCUAAUGCCGAUUCUUCCAAUACCGACACCGAAACCAACCGAACCUCAGCCUCAAACUCGGACCCAACUCCAGAAGAAACCUCCCACACUGAUCUCCCCAACCUAGAUAACAUCGACACCGUCCCCACCCUCCUCACCAUCCCCUCCAACGCAGACGUAGACGCAGAAGCGGACUCCUCCAUCUCCACCGCCUCCGAGCGCGGUUCCUACACAGACAUCAACGAGCCCACAUCUCCUAUUUCUCCCACGGCCGCCAAGGCGAUGGAGGAAGAUGAUGAUGCGGAUUUCGUUCCUGAGCAGUGGCAGGUUGGAGAGGACGUGCAGUUGCAGGGUAUGGAGAGGGAGGGUGAGGGAGAACAUGUGAUGGGGCAAGGGCAAGGACAAGGGCAGAAGGAGGGGGAGGUGCUGAUGGAUGAGAUUGAGGAUGUCCUGGAUGACGAGCUGCUUGAGCCUGAUGAACAAGAUGUUGAUCAUCAUUCUGUGGAGAGGGCUCAGGGGUGUAUUGAUUUGGCUGUUGCGGAGAUUGAGAGGGAGUGGGAGCGGGAGCACCAAGGGGAGCAUGAACAACAACAUGGGGGAGAGGAAGGGCAGGAGCAGGGCGUCGAUGAAGAAGCAGCGCUGCAGAAGAAAGUCAUAGAGAAAGAAGUCCUCCAAGGUUUGGUCGAUGACCCCGUCGGUCCGGCGCACGAUGGGCGGUUCGAACUGCAGGAGGAGGCGACGAGAGCGAGGGGGGUGUUGGAGCCGUAUGCCAGUGAGGUGGAUUUAGGACAGGGUGCGGCACACGAUCAGGAGGAGGCGCAAAAGUAUGAAGAGGCGGAGGGUCCGGUUAUGGGUGUGGAAGGGGUCGCUGAGCCCUGCGUUACCAGGGUGAAAUUGCAUCCUCCUGGUCAUGGACCUGAGCAUGAAGAAGAGCCGGAGCCUGAGCCUGUCCCGAUUGAGGAGCUCGUCAGGGAGCAAGAGGAGAUGGGCCUGGGUCGACCCGAACCACACGACUCGGCUGAGUUUGAACACGACGAGGGUCAUACACCAGUACAGAUCCUCGACACGGACCACCAUCCCCUCGACCCUUCCCACAUCCCCUUUGCCGUCGGCGUGGCCCUCACCCACAGCGAACCAGUGCAGAUGCACCACACCCCCAUCGAAGAAGGGGAUCAUGAACCAGCGCAUUACUUCGUCAACCAGCAUCACGUCCCGCAUAGCACCGACGAUUAUUACACCCCGACUGAAUCCCCUCUCCAUCGUUCCGAUCAGCACCAGGAGCAUCUUAAUGAUUCGUAUGCUCCUCGCGACCAUGCAGAGGAACAGGCACACGAGGAGGCACACCGCGAGCGCGAGGUUCCCGACGUCAGUGAAGAGGUGGAAGAAGAUUUCCAGCCUCGGUACCAGCUUUACGAGAGACCUUAUACGCCUAGCGACUUGGCUCCUACUCCUGGGCUGGAGGCCAGUUUUCAUUCUGUUGAACACGCCGCUAGCAUGGAUGGACAGCCAGAGGUGGUCGUUACUUUGCAGCCUGACACUCGAGUAAAGACUGCUGAUGACCAGCGAGAAGAUCGGCCAGGAGAUGACCAAGACACUGAAGACGACGAUGAUGAUGAAAUAAGCCAUCAGCUCGAGCGCGUCCCUAGCCGACAGGAUAUCACGGAAGAACCAGAGAGUCACGGACUGAGUGUGGAUGACGAUCCUGAUACUGCUGAGCGUCAGCAUGCUGUGCAAACUGGGGACAUGCAUCAUCGCGAUAUGGAGCCUGGUCCUGAGCAUCACAGUCAUCGGGAAGACUACAACGAAGACGUCCGUGUCCAAGAAGCCUUGUCGUCCGAGUCUGAAAGUGAGGACUUUGAGGGUAGGGAUGAUCUCGUGACUCAUCAUCUUGAUGUGAUUGCCGAAGAGGAGUGUGACGAAGGUGAAGCUGAGCUUGGCGAUGGUGUGGAGCGCCGUGACAUGGCUGCCGAGGCGGAGAAACAAACCGAAGGUCAUGUUGAUGAUGAUGAGGGUGACGCUGCUGCUGCUGCUUUGUCCGAUGAACACGACCUCCCCGUGGAUGAAACAAGCAACGUGACACUCUUCUCCAGCGGUAUUGUCCAUUCCGUGGCUGAUGCCGAAGCGAAAACUGAAGGUCUUGUCGCCCCUCAGGAUACCGUCGAGUCAGCACCGGAUGAUGUUCACGGCUAUGACAUGGAGCCGAAUACCCGCACCUUCGUCCGUGAGCAACAUGAAACCGAGGGCACAAGAGGCACUGAUGUUGACAACUUGACCGAGGACUCCGUGUACGAAAGAAUCGAUGAAGAAGGUGUUGAGACCACAUCCCCAGAGGGACAGCCUGCUUUUGCUGAAGCUCGUGAGUUAAAGGCUGCCCACCCUGUCAUGGAACAAGAGCAUGCCUCGCAUGAGCACCAAGUAGACGAAGACCAACAAGCUCAUGCUAACUCAGACGAUAACGAGUAUGACCCCUUUCGCUACUCGUCCCCUAAGACGAUUACUGAAGAGCAUGCGACUCCCGCGGAGCAUCCCGACGUUGAAGGAUCACUUGACAAGGUUCUGAGUGUGGAGGAGCCGACGUCUGUGUUGAGCCAUGAACAUGCGGCGAGGGCUGAGAAGAGUUUGGCGGAGGAGUUGGAGGGUGUUGGUGAGGAGGAGGCUCAGGAGAGUGAUUAUGGAGAGGAGGGUCCUCAGCGAGAAGAGCAUCAUACUGAACAGUCCCCUGCUGGGCCGGUGGCUAUUGACGAUCAGGUUGGUCAUGGCUACCGGUUGGGUGGCCAGGAGACGGAGACACUUGCGGAUGAUGGUCACUUGCACGACCACGACAAUGCCGACGCCCAACCGUCACAGCCAUGUGAGCCUCCGGUCCUGCAACUCACAGAGCCUAGCGAUACCGAGAACGGCGAGUUCCCUUCGGAGACUUUCUCCAUUUCUUAUCAUCCGCAUGCUGUUACAAGGGGGGAGGACAUGGGCAGGGACUGGAGCGAGGUAGACCAGUUCUUGUCUGAGUCGGAUUAUGAGGACGAGCCCGAGCAAGCUGAACAUGUGGAGGAGAUUGGUGCGGCUGCUGAUGCCGUUGCUCAUGCUCAUCCUUCCGUUGAUGUUGACAUUGAUGCUGAGGUCGAAGCAGCUCUGGAAACUCCGGUCACUGAGGUCAAACCUGCCGACGACACGGCCGAGCUCCAUGAUUACCAUGACGAUCAUGUCGGGAUUCAUCACCCCCCCGAGCCUGCGCAAAGCCAAGAGACGAACCCCGAGAGUGCUACCUACGACGACCGCCAUGAUCAUGAAAACAGACCAUCAACACCUCUCGAUCAACCCUCCCAGUCUGAGAAGCCUGAAGCUGGCGACAGAGAGACUGUCACUCCAGCUCACCCUCACGACCUUCCCCCUUUAUCCAUCCCCACCACCCCUCCCGGCCUAGCCCAGGACCAUGUCUCCCACGAGACCCAACAGCAACCCAAGGAAGAGAAAGAGCUCGUCCCCCGCGACGUAACUAACCGCGCCUCGCGCUCCGACACCAUCAACACCGCUGCCACCUUCGCCACAGCCGACACCUCUGGCACCGUUCCCACUGCUUCCUCCCCUCAAUCCGCUCGUAGCGGGACUACCCUUUCCUCCGGUCCUAGUUCCCCCGUCGAAGGACCUGCCUCAGGUCAAGACCCACGGAUCCGCGACAUGGACAGCGUCGGCGACAACAUCGGUCGUCCGCGCGGUGGCAGUUCGUUGACCGACGCAGGGACUGAUUACAGCGGCGGCGGGUACGGUGACAGCCUAGCGCAUGACAAGGAGCAUGAUAUAACGAACAGGGCGUCAACGCCAAAGGUAAUGGAAAUGUGGCACCAGCGAGAAGCAAGUCUUUCUAGGAAUGAAGAUUUGAGGCUCUCAGGGGAGAGUGUUCGUUCCUCCAGCCAGAACCGUGUCACAUCAGGCAGUGGUAGCGGUAGCACCGGAGGAGGAGGAGGAGGAGGAGGCUCCCUCUUCCAACGGAUGCGUUCUGUUUUCGAACAAUCCUCCUCCUCCCCCUCCUCAGCAUCCGCCCCAGCUACUUCUACCUCCCACAACCGCGUUUCCAUGCCCUCCUUCUUCUCCAAGUCUCACACUGCCAGCCCCUCGCAGUCUGCCUCUGUCUUUGAGAGUACAGUAGUAAAGCAGAGGCCGAUGAGCACUUCUCCCUAUCCUGCCUAUUCCAGCUCUCAUCACAGGGAUCAUAAUGGUUACGGACACCCUGCGUCCACACAGUCAACAGAGCGAGUAGAAGCCGAAGAAGCAGGUGAAGAUCGGGGUCUGCUUCAUCGAGAUGCGGCUGAUGAUACCUCAAGCGAGGGCUACGACGAGGGAUACGAGCGUGAAAGGGAAAGAAGAGAAGAAAGGAGGAGGGAGGAGUGGAGAGAGGGACAACAUGCUUAUGGCGAGGAGAGUAACUUGCCCGAGCCUGUGUACGAUGAGCCUGAGCUCGAGCUACAGAAUCGGAAGACGGUCGUGGAGGAGGGGGAGGAGGGAAAGGGGCUGGUGAGAGUUACCUCUAUGAAGGGAGAUGGGAAAGAAAGUCGGGUUAAAGACUGGAUUAGGAAGAAUGCCGAGAAUGGUACCUCUAAGUGGGCUGAGAUUGAUAACAGCAGAGUGCCGAAGGAACAUGACGUGGGAGUUUGUGCACAUAAAGUGGAAGUAGUAGGAAGAGGAAGAGGAAAUGAAAGAGGGAGGCGGUGGAUCGACCCACGCUUACGAUGGAACGGAGACCCUCAAGGGCCUACAAAGAAGACGGCAGUACCUCCGCUUUAUGGUUUAGAGGUACGCUUGCCGCCGCCGUCGUCAUCGUCACUAGCACUACCCCCGAACUCUCUCGAAGCAGUCAACAUCUGGCGGCAGGGCGUUGUCAAAUGCCCAUGCCCACCACCAGUGCUUGGAGGUAUCUCAUCGAGCACUGGUAUCAUCAACAGUGGUCUUGACCUCUCUGUCCUCCCGGAUCUCAAAUCCCUGCCCGACAGCACCAGCAACGACACAAGCACCAGCACCAACACCAGAACCAACCCCAGCACCAACCCCAGCACCAGUACUCCUAAUCCCCGCUGCGGCAAGCCACACACAGACGAUGCUCCCAAUCCCCAUGGGCACGCAACCUUACCUCCACCUCUCGAGGCACCUCCAGAGGUACCUCCAUCCAACACCACCACCAACACCCCCCAACAGCCAAAAUCCGCCAACACCCAAGCGACUCAACUAGAACCCGUCGGCGACCUCCGUCUAGCCCACUUCUUCACACAAGGCUGGCUCGCCCGUCUCCGUAGCGCUCAAUCCUUCAUUGACCGCGCCCGCAUGGAGCGUGAGUUUGAUGACAUGGAUCGCGUGUAG